GGCAAGAGCCCGCUCUUUUCGCUAACUUGCAUCAACGGCCAUCAUUUGAGGCACGCACUAAAGGUUAAGUACACCCUGGAGACUCCUUCAAACGUCUAUACAAACACUCUAGCAUCAGUACAGACCGGGCAUACAGAAGCACAGCAUCACCCAGCGCCAGCGCUCGCUGCUCACCCUGCUUCCAUGCAAUAACACGUCAUCACGAGCGACAACGUAGCAAACGGAAAAGGGCCUGUCGGGCGGCGUCCUUAGGCGCUGAUGGACGCCGCGGCGGCAACCCCGCCAGCCGCGGGCAGGGGGCGAGGGCGAGGGCGCGGCCGCGGCCGGCCCCCAAAGUCGCAGGCCACCCCCGAAAAGGGAUCGGGAGCAGGCGGCUCGGGGGCAGCUGCAGCAGGUGGCGCGGGCGGCGGCGCGGAUGCAGCGGCGCCCAGUCCGGGGCCGGGGGCGGGGGCAGCAGGCGGGACCGCUGCGGCGGCAGGGCUGGGCCCGGCGGGGGCCGGCGUGACUAAGAAGCGCCAGGCACGACCCGCCAAGCCCAAGGCCGCGGCUGACGACGCACCAGCCGCCGACGACCUGGGCCGACUGGAGGAGCUGCCGCCGCCGCCGCCGCCGCCCGACACCAGCAUGCCCUACCGCAACAUGUUCACGAAGGAGCUGGAGCGCCUGAUGUACGGCUUCGGCGAUAGCGAACGGCCACUGCCGCAGACGGUGCAGGUGGUGGAGGACAUCCUGAUCGAGUACGUCCGCGGCACAUGCUGCGCCGCGCUCAACGAGGCGGGGCGGCUGGGCAAGUUGGAGCGGGACCGCGGGUCGGGGGCGCUCAAGCUCAAGAUCGACGAGAAAGACAUUCUGUUCCUGGUCCGCAAGGACCCCAAGAAGUACACCCGUAUUCGUGAGCUGCUGGAAAUGCAGAUCCAGAUCAAGGAGAUGCGCAAGGCGCUGGACGAGCAGGCGCUUCAGAAGAUCGAGACGGAGGACGCGCCGGGGGCGGGCGGCGCGGGCGGCGGCGGCGAGGAGGGCGGCGGCGAAGACCUGGGGCCGGACGUGCCUGAUGAGGACCUAGACGUGGAGUGAUAUGAGGUGGUGGUGACCCCACACGGGGGACACGCCCAGUUCCGGGCGGGGUCGAAACCCAGGAUUGGGCGUUCUUAUUCAUACAAGCACCAUUUACAAUUCUAUAAAGCACGUUACCCUCGGUAUGUGAGCAGCAUAUGUUCACACAUAAUAGCGGGCUAGGUGUCGUGAAGGUCCCGCGAGCGCGAGACCAAUUUUGAGCAUGUUCGCUCAAAUCCGCUAAGCGUGAACCCACAAGCCCUGACUACGCUUAUUUACACCCUAUGAAAGCAAUUGCGCCUAUAAGCGCAGGCUCGCAGGCCUCGGCGAGCAGUGUCAUUUCCUAUGGGACCGCCAACAAAGUCAGAGUUGCACCUUCCGAUGCAUCUGGGUUGCUUCCAUAUGCCAUGUAGGCGACUCUAGGAGCGGUUGCAGGUCCGUUUGGGUCCCCGCUGCUCAAGAGGUCCGCCAUGAAUUUGGUUUCAUCCAAAGGGCAGCUCGACUAGCUUUUAAGAUUGCCGUCGCCUAGAUAGAGCAUAUAUAGCAUAUAUUAGGUGCUGUAACCCGCCGGCAAGACCAUUCGGUGGACAUGCAUACAGCAUGCUGGUCGGAACAACAACUGUCGGUGCUGCGGUCGUCAAAACAUAAUCUUGUAUGCAUAUAUGUGCUAUGUAAAGCUUCAGGGCU